AUGGGUGAGGGAAGGCUAUACUUACUUUACCCGGACAUCAUCGUUGUCGGCGGCGGCCUCGCGGGCGUAUGCGCCGCGAUUGCAGCUGCCGAGAAAGGCGCCCGUGUUCUCAUACUCGACCGCGCAUUUGGCGGCGGAGCCAGUGCCAUAUCCGGCGGUGUUGUCUACAUCGGCGGCGGCACCAAGUACCAGCAAGAGGCCGGGUAUGAAGACACGCCGGAGAACUUCCUCGCGUACGUGCGUCAGGAGGUUGGCGACGCCGUCGACGAAGACACGCUGAAGCGCUUCUGUGAGAAGAGCGUUGAAUGCCUGGAGUGGAUGGAGAAACACGGUGCGCGUUUCGAGUCGUCCUUGUGCCCACACAAGACGAGCUAUCCAACCGACGCAUAUUACCUUUAUUAUUCGGGGAACGAGAAGGCAUAUCCGUUUGCACAGAUCGCAAAGCCGGCUCCAAGGGGACAUCGUCAGAUAGGUCGGGGCUUCUCAGGCAAUGUCCUAUGGAAGGCAAUUUUCGACUCGGCCAUCAGGCUGGGCAUUGAGUUCCAGCCCGCAAGCAAAGUGGAUAAGAUCUUGCUGGACGAGAAAGGUGCAGCGCAGGGCGUUCAGUAUCUUCAGCUCGUUUCAACGAGUUCCGCAGCUGCGAAGUAUAAGCGCCUACUUACACGCGGGCAGAAGUUCCAGAUGGGCAUGGUCCCCGUGGCUCGCUGGUUCUAUCGUCGAGCAAACGCAGUCUUUGAAAAGGGGGCCGUGGUCCAGACCGUCCAUGCAAAGGCAGUGAUCCUCGCCGCAGGCGGUUACUCUAUGAACGAAAGCUUGACGAAGGAGCAUAUGCCCGAGUUCUCAAAACUUUCACCCCUUGGCACGAUUGGAGACGAUGGUACCGGUAUUGAACUUGGCACAGAAGCCGGGGGAUGCACGUCACACAUGGAUAGAUGGUCGGCAUGGCGGAUGCUCUAUCCCCCGGUAGCAUUCCUGGAAGGCAUUAUGGUAUCUCAGCAGGGCGAACGUAUUGCAGCUGAAGACCUUUACGGAGCAACAUUCAGUGAAAUAUUGAUUCGGCGCUUUGGUGGUACCGGCUACAUGAUUCUCGAUGCGACGCAAUGGAAGAAGAUCAAGUCUCAGGUGAAAGAACAGGCAGGCGUCAUGAAACCGUUGACAGACUACAUUCUUUACUGGGCUCACAAGAAAGCAACAUCCUUGAAUGCUUUAGCCAAGAAGACUGGAAUUCCAUCUAAUGACCUAGCCAGAACCAUCGCGGCAUACAACGAUGCCAUCGCAUCCGGUCAAGAAGACCCGGUAAAGAAGAGCAAUGAUUAUCGGUCUCCAAUAGUUCAAGCACCUUUCUACUCUGUCGACUUUUCUGUCAAGGUGACAGGCGUUAGGCUGGUUCCUGCCUUCACCCUUGGCGGCUUACGUGUCGAUGGAAACACCGUCCGCAAAUAA